AUGGGGCAGAAAACAUCCCAGCCAUUGACCCUGGAGGACAGCCAGGAGGUUCUCAGCAUGCCCACGGCAUUCAGUGGGGCUAUCGUGUACGCCGCUCAGAAGCUGGAGGAGUACCUUGCAUUUGAAGACACUCUGAGUAAACUCUGCCCAGCUCCAAACACUCUGAAUGAAAUCUUCUUAAUCCACUUCAUUACUUUCUGCAAAGGAAAGGGAAUUGACGAAUGGAUUACCACUACCAAGAUGACGAAACACCAAGCCUCCCUGUUUGGGGCAGACUGGAUUUGGACCUUCUGGGACUCCGAGAAACAAAUAAAGCUUCAGCUGGCGGUGCAGACUCUGCGGAUAUCUUCUUUUCCACCUGUGGAAUCCAAGCCUUAUGACCCUGCCCAUCCAGAACUGAGAGUAGAGGAGUUUUUCAAGAAGAGGAGUCGAUUUGAUAAACUGAUUGAAUUCUGUAACUUGAUAGGAAAGGAUUGUCUGGGCCUCUUUCUCGUCUUUGGUGUGCCAGGAGAACCUACAGACAUCCGAGGAGUUGCCCUGGACAGUGUCAAGAGUGAGGUGGUAAGGAACAGGCUGCCAGGAGGGAAGGCCGUGGCACGAUUUGUCCUGGAAACACAAGAGUGCAUCUCUGUUAGAGAGCUGAUUGGAAACUGUCUGAGUAAGAGUGAUGGGCUGAGAGAGGUGGGCAAGGCUUAUAUUAAGAUCCCCUGA